GGAGGGCUGAAGCUUUGGUAUAACUAUCCGUUGACCUUUUUGACGGUUGUCUCUAAUUCUCCCAACCUGCAAGCUCUGUUUCAACGACCAAGAGAAGUGUCAACAAAGUUCCAAAGAUGAAGUGUGGUACUGAAAUUUCCCCGUCGGCUAAAGCACACUCGAAAACAUGAUGAAAAACAUGUCAACAUCUGCCGGGAUAGCUCCUCAUCUAACUAACCGCUGCGUCCGAUCUACAUCAGUUACAGUGCUCUCAGAUCACAACAUUGAAGCCAAGCAUAUUAAGACUGCCAGUGCUGGACACAAAUCAGACAACUCCAUUGAAUCUUACUGUUCCAGGGCUUCCUUUCAGCAGAAAGGGAACAUGUCCAACAUAUUGGGUGGCUUCAUCUCUGGUGACUCCGCAGAACCACGAGUUCUUGUACUCGAGGGUGCCUCAACAACGAAAGAGCUUACUGGAGCAAGCACUCUUUCUGUGGCUCCAAAGAAUCAACAGUCAGCAGUGCAAAUGCAAAUGCCGCAGUCGUUCAGCUUUCAUUGCUCCUCUGUUUCCAUCGUAAACAAUACAACAACUACGUUUCGAUGAACUAAAAAUCAACAAACUGUUUAAAACUUGGCCCAAUUAUCAAUCGCCAAUUUAAUCUUUAGCUUUCCUUGCAGUUCAUAAAAGUAUUGUAGGUCAGUGCACUAUCUUCAAGAUUUUUUUUCUAUGAACAGUUUUGGUUGGAUUUUCACCAACUUCACAUCUGAAUGAAUCAGUGAAUGAAUUUU